CCCUCUCCCUCUCUCAUUGUUGAAUGGUCAGGAGGUGUGUGCAUGUGUUCAUUUUUGCUGAGGAGGGGCUGCACGAGUGUGAGUGUGUAUUUGUGUGUCUGUUGUGUGUGUGCACCUGUGUGUUAAACCAGCAUUGUUCCUGAUAGAGAAAGCUGUGCCGUGCUGUUUAGAAAAUCCAAGGUCAUUGGAGCCUAGUCACAUGCUCCGUAUGCGAGCGUGCAUGUGUGUGAUUGAGUGUCUGUGAGUGUGUGUGUGUGUCUCUCUCUGGCUAUGUGACAGAGAAAAAGGCUUCAGGCAAAGAAUAGACAAUUUCAUCAGGUUUUCCAUCAAUGUACGGUGUUUGCGGGUGCUGUGGGGCUCUGAGACCCCGUUAUAAGAGGCUGGUGGAUAACAUCUUUCCAGAAGACCCUGAGGAUGGUCUGGUGAAGGCAAACAUGGAGAAACUUACUUUUUAUGCCUUGUCUGCUCCCGAGAAACUAGAUCGUAUCGGUGCCUACCUGUCAGAGAGACUGUCCAGAGAUGUGGCUCGCCACAGAUAUGGGUAUGUUUGUAUGGCUAUGGAGGCCUUGGACCAGCUUCUGAUGGCCUGUCACUGUCAGAGUAUAAAUCUUUUUGUGGAGAGCUUCCUCACUAUGGUGCGCAAGCUACUGGAGGCAGACAAACCCAAUUUACAGAUCCUGGGCACUAACUCGUUUGUGAAGUUUGCAAACAUCGAGGAGGACACACCAUCAUACCAUCGUAGCUACGAUUUCUUUGUCUCGCGCUUUAGUGAAAUGUGCCACUCAGGUUACGAAGAUCCAGACAUCCGCACAAAGAUUCGCAUGGCAGGUAUCAGAGGCCUGCAAGGGGUGGUGAGAAAAACUGUUAAUGAUGAGCUCCAAGCAAAUAUUUGGGACCCCCAGCACAUGGACAAAAUUGUGCCAUCUCUCUUAUUCAACCUACAACAGGAAGAAGGCAUAGAAAGGUCUAACACGCGCUGA